CACAAUUCACUGCAAACCUUCCCAAACUUUUCUCCAUUAACAAAAACCAUGAAAUGCCCUUCAAACAGAAUGAUUCUAACAAUCAAACAACAGCAAAUUCGUCCACCGAGCAAUUAAUAGAUAAUCUCUUCUACUGUUAUCAUCUUUCUCGAAAUAAAACACUUCCAUUGAUUCGGAAUGAACAUGAUGCUGGUAUUUGUCUUGCCAGAUUGAGUCAUCUCAGAGGGGAAGGUUAUUCAGGUAUGUCCUUCGAUCAGAGAUUCGAAUUAAUGAAGAAAGUUAGUAAGAAGGUAAUAGUUACCUACCCCGAAGGUUUGGAAAGUAUCAACAACUGGUUUUUGGAAGGAAAAGAUGAUAAAUCGUAUUCUGAUGGAAGGGCAGGAUUGAAAUUGAGUAGAAUGAGGUCAAUUACGUUCUAUUCUUUUAUUGCUGCUGAGAAAGCAGAGCUAUGUGUUAUAUUUAAAAGCUCACCAAAAGACAAUUUUGUUAUUGGAAGAUUUAGACAAGAGUUUGGAGGUGAUUGCAUAUUGAAUGUAUCGUUUAUAUUCUCGAGAAUGGGAUUGAAAUCUCAAAGAAUGGUUCGAGAUGAACAAAUGAAUGGUUCUAUUCUCAAUCCAUUUAGCUUUGAAGAAAUCGAUUUUUUCUUCCUGUUGACCAAAAUGAAAAUUCUGAAACAGGAUACUGAUAUUAUUAAUGAUGUGUUUGAUAAGGAGUACAUCAAGAAAUUGAAACAUCAAUCAAGAUUUAGAAAUGAGUUGAUAACUUGGAAGAAAGCAUUUAAAGACAAUAUCAAUCCAUUACCUUUCAAAUUUGGAAAAUAUCAAUUUAAUAUUCUUUGCCAAAAUACUAGUGGAAUGCAUUCAUAUAAGUAUGUGUAUUGUUGCCCUCAAUUAGCAAAUACGCAGGAUCCAACAAGAAAGCUCUCAACUGUUGAACAAAUUAAAGAAUGGGCAAUUCCUAAAGAGCUUAAUCCAACUCUGUAUGAUUCGAAAAAUAUAUUAAAGCAGAGAAUUAGAUUGGCUCUUUAUAAUACACCAGUGAUCCCAACAGAAAUCAUUCAAUAUUUCACAGUAAUUCCAGAUAUUGAAAGAGAUGGUUUCAACUUUACAGAUGGUUGUGGAUUUAUUUCUCCAGACAUGGCUAAGAAAGUUUACAAACACAUCUUGAAUGCCGAAAAUAGAGUUUUGAUAAAAACUGAUCAAGAGGAAGAUGAAAUUGGAUAUGAUGAGCAACGUGGUUUUGAUUUGUUUUCUGAUAGCUCUUACAUUCCUUCAGCGUUUCAAAUUAGAUUUAGAGGAGCAAAAGGAAUGCUUGUUGUUAAUACUGAAACAUUUGAAAAGUAUAGAGUUCACAUUGUACUGAGAGAAUCAAUGGUCAAAUGUAAAACUAAUGAAAAAGUUGACCAAAGUUUUAGCACUCUUCAAAUAGUUGGUCAUUCCAGUCCAUGCGAAUUAACAAGAGUCAACUCUACAAUCAUGCACUUACUGAGUGGAUGUGAUUCUAACGGAGAAGUGAGAAAGAGAGUAUUAGAGAUGGCAUCUGCUCACGUUCAAAACUCUUUAGACAAAUACGUUCAUGAAGAUACUGAAGUUAUUGCGAGGCAAUAUAUGAAAGAUAAUAAUUUGAUUUCCCUUAAUGUUCUCUCAACCACAAAAAACAAAGGAUUUGCAUUUCUGGCUGGUCCAUACAAGAGUCUCAUAACAUCAUUGAAAAUUCCAUUCUCAAAUUCAAGAAGAUUAUAUGGAGUGGUAGAUCCUUAUGAAGUCCUCAAUGAAGGAGAGGUAUUUGUUCAGAUUUCUUCAUUUAAAAAUCCAAGUCACAAACAAGUUCUACAGAAAGAAAUUGUAUUGACAAAAGAACCUUGUCUUCAUAGAGGUGACUUGAGAAAAAUCAAAGCAGUUUACUAUCCCAAAUUAUCUCACUUGUGUGAUGUUAUUGUUUUUUCAUCAAAAGGUAAAAGACCUGUACCAAAUAUGAUAUCAGGAUCAGAUUUGGACGGAGAUCAAUUCUUUGUAUGCUGGGAUGAUUUAAUUGUAGAUAAUGUCAAAAUAUUUGAACCUGGCUUGUUUGAUGAAGAAAUCAAACAAGAAGAUAUUCGUCCAUUUGAACCAGAUGUUUUUAAAGAUUGGGUUGGAGUAAGACAUGCCUACGUAGACCAUCAUGGAUCUAACUGGACAAAUGAUGAAAAUUGGAAUAAGGAAAUGAGAAGACUUUGUGAAAUUGUCAAUCAUGCAGUGGGCUCUCCAAAGAAUGGUGUAAUUUCUGUAGCAACUAGAGAAGAGGAUUUGAGAUUUAUAGAUAAUUUCCCUGGAUAUCCUCACUACCAUCAAUCGAAAAGAGGUGCCUUGAAAAAAAGCUCUUCUCUUGCUUCUGAAGUAUAUCAACAAAUGGUUGAUUGCAUAACUAAAACUCUGGAACUGAAAGAGCACAAUAUACGCAUAUCUGUACAAAAUGAUAAGGAUCACAUUUUGGAAAGUAUUAGAUUGGAGAUUUUCGACCUAUUACUUGCAAAUACUUCCAAUAAUUUUGGAGAAAAAAUCAUGAAGAAAAUAAGCGAAUUUAUUGGGAGAGCACUUACUAUCAAACAUAGAGCUCAGUUUCUUGCAGAGUUUUUCAAUUUAAUGUACGAAUUUUUUACGAUCCAAUCAAAAGAGCUAGUUUUGUUCAAUCUUAAAACAACCAUUCAAAAUUUAUCAGAAAGCGGAAUGAAAACUGCAAUUGAAUCCGUGAUAUCCAACAAGCAUGUUCUGUUUAUAUCUGGGUUUGAUGAAACACAAUUUACUAAUCGAGAAUUGGUACCAAAGAAACUGAAAAUUGACUUUUCCUGUUCUGUUUAUGAGAUCAACUCUGAAAUGCCAAAUUAUGAAGAGUUUUUGAAACAAGAAUUGUUUUGUGCUGCUCAAGAAGGCUUACAAUUAGAAUUGGGAAUUAAUUUACUUUUUGGAAAGACUCUUAUUACUGUACUACAAGAGGUGAAGCAAGUAAGGAACAAAAUUCUUUUUGAUCCGAAAGCUUGCUUCGAUUUUGGAAAGUCCAAGGUUUUAUCAAACGAAAGGUUUGGACUAAAAUUAAUAGAGCUAGCAGCUAGAUACGACUAUGGUCCUGCUCUCAACUACUUGGGCGAAUUGUACGAAAUUGGAAGUGUUGAAAUCGGAUAUGAGAAAGACUUGAAAAAAGCUCUUUCAUUAUUCGAAAGAUCUUCUCUUCACAACAACGAUGAAGCAUUUAUGAAACUAGGAGAUUAUUACUAUUUCAAUUCGAAUGGUGAUCCCAUCCCUUACUACACCAAAGGAGCCGAAUUGGGAAAUAUAUAUUGCAUGACAAAAUUAUCAACCAUUUAUUUCGACUCAGAUAAUCUUCAAAAAUCUUUCCAAUACAGCUUACAAGCUGCACUUAUUGGGGACAGUAAUUCAAUGAAAAAUGUUGCUAUUUCAUAUAUGCAUGGCGAGGGAGUGGAUCAAGACGACGCACUAUUCUUGUAUUGGAUCAAUAAGGCAAUAGAAAUGCAAGUUAAAGACAGCAUGACGAUUCUUGCAGAUUUUCAUGCAUUUAAGAAUGAUUUCAAGGAAGCUUUUGUGUGGUAUACAAGGGCUCUUGAAUUUGACGAUAGUGAUAUAGAUGCAAAGCAAAAGUUAGGAGUAAUAUACAUGUAUGGAUUGGAUAUCGAGCAGAAUUAUGCGAAGGGUAGUAAAAUGAUUAAUGAAACUGGAGGUAACUUAGAAGAAGUUCUUAGCAAUUUUAGAAUAUUUCUCCAAAAAUAA